AUGGUUUACUAUUGCAACAGAAACAACCUAAUUGCUCUAAUGAACUAAAUUCCUUCUCUGACAAACGAUUGCUUCUGCUCAUUAGGUGCAUUUUGCACAUCUUCUUGUGCCUUUGCUUUCUGCCUUCCACCCAUUUUAUACUAGGGAAGUUGCGUAAUUUAGCUACUUUAAGAUUUAAUCAGAUUCGCGAUGCAUAUCACUUUAUCGGUGCUCACUCACCACCUUCACCCAUGAAAUUUCCAUAACCACGUUUAACCCUCUCUCUCCUCACCACUUUCUUUUCCUCGCCAUCAUUCUUUUUCUCCAUUUGUAUCAGGUUGUAAGUAUUGAUCUUUGUGGCAGUGGGUACCUGAGUAGCUGUCCUGUGUAUCUACCACCGGAAUUUGGAUUCUGUUUUCAACAAGCUGAAAAUGUGGCUCUUUUACCUCAGCUUCUCUUAAGCAUCCAUAGAAGCGGUGUUGUACUUGAUUUUGCGGAGAGAGGUUAAGUUGGGGUAGUAGAUCCUCUCAUUUUUGUGUUUUACUGCAUCAAUUGAUCUCUCUCCCAGAGCCAGUUUGCUUGACCUGAAUAUGGAUGGUUGGAUUACUGUCUUUCAAUGACGGGAGUGGAUCUUCUUUUUCUCUUCCCCCUCCCCCCUUCCUAAAGUAAAAGAAAAGAGGGAAAGAUAGUUUUCCAUCUUGAAGAUACUCCUUUCAUGGCAAGUGAAAUCGCGGUUCUUAAAACUGGAAUAGUAGCUUGAUGUCUAUCCACGUGCCAUAUUCGCUUCAGCAUUAUCCACGACAUUGUACUCGACGUCAUGGGGCAAAGGAGUAUGUCAUACAGUAAUCACAUAAUUGAUUUGGGAGCAGAUCAGCGGAGUCAAGAGUAUAUCCGUCCGGAGCCUUGUGUGUUGUACGGGAGCUUUACAGCUUUUCCACAUCCAAAUGUCCACACUAUAGUACCAGCUCUAGGAAACAGUGGUAAUUUCUAUUUGCGCCAUCUACCAGACCCUCGAGAAGGCGGUUUACUUUAUGGGAUGUCAUCGUCCAAUGGGGUUCAACCACGCCAUCCUGCCACCAACAUUGACGCAGCGAUUGCAACAUCAUCAAAUCACUAUAACCCUUACGUGGCUAUUCCAUCUGCAUCGACAGACUUUCCAGUUCCAGUAAAUCAUGGGUUACAUGAUCGGCGUCCAUUCUCAAGCACUCAUAGCAUCCUUGGAAUUAGUGCAGACAGUUUUGGUAGGAAUGAUCCUUAUAUAGACAGUGUCAGAGGCUCAUUUAAGCAAAAGAAUCAUUCUGCUUUGGUGGGGCCUAGUACUUCCGUCGUCCCAGUGAUCACAAGAGCACGUGAAUCUGAUGUUUCUUUGACGGAUACUGUAUCAUUUACUCCAUGCGCGUAUGGAGGGAAUGAGUCACCAUCGUUCAUUGAAGAUGGAGUACAGAGAAGUGGUAGGAACAGAUCUGCUAGUGGUCGAGAUACUGUAUCGCAAAACAACAACAAUCACCUGCUUCAAGGAGACUAUGUUGGCCAAGCCUAUCAGUGUCCUGGCAAUCCUUGGUUGGAUCUGCCUUUCAAUAGUGGUGAUGGUGAGGCUGAAACUUGGGCCUGGAAUCAGGCUGCUUCUUUACCAUAUCCACCCGGUGGCUGUAUAGAUGCUGGAAACAUGGGUGUGCAAGGUUAUCAAGUAACUGCCAGCAACGGAGGUUUGACUAGUUUUCUGCAUCCACCCAUUCCUCACGGACCACCCAACCAUCAUCAUCUGCCACCUAAUCCGCAAUGUGUGGGAGGCUGCAGUAUGAGUUUCUCUCCGCAGGUGACAUCAUCUUCACGCAGAAACCUACGAAAUAGUUCGUCCAAUAGCACUAAUAAUCCAUUCCAAGGUGUUGUAGAGGGAGGGUCUAGAUAUAUCAGACCCUUUCCACCGACUGGCUUUAGGUUUUACAGACCUCGUCGAAGGGAAUUCAUACUUGAAACAAAUGCUCAACAGCGCAACCUCCCUGACAUGAGAGUUUUGCCAGAAAAUGAAGUGGCAAUGCUGGAUGUUCCAGGGUACCAUGAAGUUGGUGAUGCUGUUGAUCAGCACAGAGAUAUGCGUUUGGACAUAGAUCACAUGUCUUAUGAGGAACUUCUUGCACUGGGGGAGCAAAUUGGCGACGUGACAACUGGUUUAUCAGAGGAAGCCAUUGUUAGCAAUUUGAAAACGAGAAUAUUUUUGUCUUCCGAGACUCCUUGCGCUCUGGAAAGUGCUACAUGUUUAGAUCACGAAACUGAUUUCUGUGUCAUAUGCCAGACUGAUUAUGGCGACCAAGAAAAGAUUGGCAUUCUUGAGUGCAGGCACGAGUGUCAUGAAGAGUGCGUAAAGAAAUGGUUGGUUGUGAAGAAUACUUGUCCUAUCUGCAAAUCCAAAGCAUUGUCUACAGAGAAACUGGGAUUGUGAAUACAGGGAGUCGGUUGAUGGUGGUUCUAUAAGUUAAAAAGAGCGGACACUUUGUUCUCUUGCUAAAUAUUUAUUCUCCAAGAAGAGGAAAAUGUUCUUGAAGCUGUAUUAUAAAUUUGUACAGCAAUCCACCUCUCCAAAUACAUUUAUUUGUUGGCCUUAUCUUUGUAGAGCUGAAGUUGUACAGACUUUGUAAUUUUUGUUCAAUCUUGCAUGAUUUCUGUAUGGACCUUCUGUUAAUAUCUUAUGUAUCAAGGAAUAUCCACAUAGUGGGAUGCUAAUUUCU